AUCCAUAAACCAUUACUGCUGGUGUCUCCUCUCUUUCUAUACAGUACAACACAAUGUGUUUCCCUCUUGCUGCUUUUAAAACCUCAGAACAGCAAUGAAGUUUCUUUAAAAGAGCUGACCCUCAGACAAAAGGAUCUCACCUUCAGACUCGACAUCACCUGCGUUUCUUCCAUUUAAAGCCUUUCCUGUGAAGGAAUUAAAAUGUCUGUGGUCAAAAUCCUGUGCUAUUUGCUGCUAACAUAUCACCUCAGUGAGGCAAAGAAAAACAAAGGAAACAGAGCAGGUGUAGUGGACACAGAGCAGAGGGGAGUCCUGGAGAUGAAAGAGCCGCAUGUCAGCAGUUCAGUCUUCAGGCUGUUGUUAGAAGGUGAGGACAACUGCGCACUGGACCCUGUGCAGCUGCACACUCUCACCUCCUGUGGUUUCAACAGCAGUAAUCCCCUCAUCAUCAUCACUCACGGGUGGUCGGUGGAUGGUAUGAUGGAGAGCUGGGUGCUCAGGUUAGCCACAACCCUGAAGACAAGUCUAAUAGACGUCAAUGUGAUAAUGACGGACUGGAUGUCCCUGGCUCACCAACACUACCCCAGAGCAGCACAGGGCACCCGCAUUGUUGGAAAAGACAUAGCUCACCUGUUGCAGUCACUUCAGGAGCACUACCAGUAUGCACUUAGAAAAGUUCAUCUGAUUGGCUACAGCCUUGGAGCUCACAUCUCUGGAUUUGCUGGAAGCUAUCUGAAAGGUUCAGAGAAGAUUGGAAGAAUUACUGGUCUCGAUCCAGCGGGGCCACUCUUUGAAGGCAUGUCUCCCACUGACAGACUGUCUCCAGAUGAUGCUGAAUUUGUGGAUGCCAUCCACACCUUCACUCAUGAACGCAUGGGCCUCAGCGUGGGUAUCAAGCAAGCUGUGGCACAUUAUGAUUUUUACCCCAACGGAGGAGACUUCCAACCAGGAUGUGACCUGCAAAACAUUUAUGAGCACAUAGCUCAGUACGGGCUCAACGGUUUUGAGCAGACAGUGAAAUGUGCUCAUGAGCGGUCCGUCCAUCUAUUCAUUGACUCUCUGCUGAAUAAAGACAAGCAGAGCAUGGCCUACAGAUGCAGUGACAAACGUGCUUUUGACAAAGGCGUCUGUCUGGACUGUCGAAAGAAUCGCUGCAACACACUGGGGUACAAUAUCAAGAAGGUUCACAGUGGCACCAGCAAGAGCCUCUACUUGAAAACACGCUCUCGGAUGCCUUACAAACUCUAUCAUUACCAGUUCAGGAUCCAAUUUGUCAACCAGAUGGAGAGGAUCAAGCCCUCUCUCACCAUCUCUCUCUCUGGAACAAAGGAUGAGAGUGGCAACCUCCCCAUCACUGUCCCUGAGACGAUUUGGGGUAAUCGAACCUUUACCUUCCUGAUCACACUGGACAAAGACUUAGGGGAUCUGAUGUUGCUCAGAUUGCACUGGGAGGGAUCUGAUCUGUGGAAAAACGUGUGGAACCGGGUGCAGAACAUCAUUCCCUGGGGUGGCCCGGAGAGGAAACCACACUUGACUGUGGGCAAGAUCAGCAUGAAAGCAGGGGACACGCAGAAGAGGACAUCUUUUUGUGCCAUGACAAAUGAAGAUCAACAGGUUGAUGUAUCACAAAAUAAAGUGUUUGUGCGCUGUCAAGACAACACACCAAAACAGCGGAGAGGGAAGCACAACAGACACGUGUGGGUUCAAGCUGAAACUCUCUGAUGGAUGCCCUGGAAGUUCACAAUUGGAUGAAACUGUGUGAACUCCUCAAAGUGCAGAUUGAGUGUGUAAAUUAAAAAUGAUUAACUGCCUAAAAGAUGUGGAACUGAACAAAUAGCUGAGAACUGAAUUCUGGGAAACUGAGGCUAUAGAACAAUUUUCAGCUAUUGUAAACUUUGUUUAUUUAGAUGUUUCAGAUUAUCUGAUCAAAUUGUUAAUAAGUGCUGCAUGUGAUUUUUAUACCAGGCCAGACACCGGAAGCAUAAAGUGUAGUUUUAAAGAUCAGUCAAGAUUUAUAUUUCUGUCUACAUUCAAACAUCUUUUAGGUGUACAAACAACUGAGCCAGUUCAAAUAUUAACCAGACAGUGAACAUAAAGUCAAUGACCUUUUGAUGACAUCAAUUCCAAAUGUUUUUUGUGUGUGUGUGUGUGUGUGUGUGUGUGUGUGUUCUUUGUAAAAUUAUCAAUCUCAUCAUUGAAAACCUGUAUUAUUCCUACAAAUAACAUUAUCUGUCACUCAAACCCAAACCAAAACGAUAAAGAUGCACUGUGUCCUUUUCUAUCAUGUUUUGUGGUCUGUUUUUUUCUUGUACACCUGUAUACAUACAGCCAAAAGACAGGAAAGCCAACACUGGCAACAUACUGUAGCCUUGAUGUACAAUUAGAAUAAUAUGCAGCUAAAAUGUUAGCUCAAGAGAGAUAGCAGUAAAGACAGAGAUCUGGAAGAAACCCUCAAAUGAAGGCAGUAUUUAGCAGGUGGUGACUGCAGAGGGCACACAGGUUAAACACAGUAAACCCAAAUGCAGGUUUAAUCAGGGACGGCUGCGAGUAAAGCUGGAACAGUCAGACCAUCGUGGCAGCUGAAACCUGCCCACUCAAGCAGCUCCAACAUCAGACAUCAUGUCAUCACUGCCCUGAAUGUCAAACUUUCAUGGUGUAAUAAAAAAAAAUGUUAUACUACCUUUUGCUAUUGCGUACAGACAGUGAAAACAAACAUCUGAUCAAUUCUGGUUUUAUUAAUGCAUUUCAAGUAGUUCAAAAGAAAUUAUAUUUUUGCACAAAUUUUCAAAGAAAGCAGAUCUGGAAACAGAACAGAAAUGCUAAAAAUAAAAACAAAAAGACAAUUGAAGACGCUGUAUAAAACACAGGACACAUUAAAAUCAGACAGUAGUACUGACUCUAUACCAUUUUGGAUUCUCUGUUUACAUGAAUUACACAUCAGUGCAGAUUUUCUCAAUAUCAUAGCAACAAUGUGAAAGAAAGAAAAUUCCCAGAGUAUUAUUAUCCCCUCACACCCAGUUCUCUCCACAUCUCACCAUAUCCACAAAAACAAGAUGAGGAUGAUUCAGCAAAGCAGCUCACACUCUCGAUCUCACUCACACACUCACACACAAAAGCUUUAAAAUUUGCCAUAGAUAAUGUAAAAUAUACUUUAAGCUUCGACCCAAGAAAAAGCACUACCAGUAGCACCAAAAAAAACUAACAAAAUCAGCACAAGAAGCCACAGAGAAUUGCAUUUGUGUCUGUUCAGAAACUUUGCUGUAGUACAUCAACUAUAGUAUUUUGCUAUGAAAACACAAUAGAAUUUUCCAUGUACCAAUAUAGGAGAAAACGUUGAAGGCAUUUCUCUGUGAAGAGGCUAACUUGUUCGCUUAUCAAGCUCUGUGAUACUCUGCAUAGAAUCUACCUGGUCCAUGACACACCAUGCUCACGCCUCGCACAGAAAAAACUAAAGCUUUGCUUUGCUUUGCUUAACACAGCUCUUUUGCAAGGGUACGAAAAUAAUAAUAAUUCUCUCCAAUUCCCUCCAAAAAUAAUUUUAAGAAACUAAACCUGUGUAUAUUUUCAUAUUCAGCCAGUAACUCUGCAUCCAUCUGCCAGUGAAGUUGACCUAAAUUUAAUCUGGAGUCAACUGAAAACUCAAGCCAAAUCAGAGCUGGACAAUAAUGUAAAAUCAUACUGAAAUAUGUAUUUCCCAUUAAUUUUGUACUUAUUCAUCAUCACUAUUUUUGUCAUAUAAAGCCAAGCCCUACAUCACUUUCUUUCAAUUUCAGCAAUAUGGAUAAACUGCCACCACAUGCAUGGUUCAGUUUUGGUACAGAUCACUUGACACAACUGCAGUCACACUGCUCUAUGUAGGCACAGUUUUAAAUUCAGUUAUACAAACCAAAGACUCAGGGUCUAACAAGGGUAACAAGUUUCUUGAGAAAAUCCCAAUCAGUAGGAAAAGAAAGGACAGAACAGCGGAGGGUGGCUGACAUAUAGUGAUUGUUUACUCUGGUAGAAGUUUGUGAACAGCAGCAGCAACAAAGCUACAAUAAAAUUAGAAGCUCUAGUUUUUUUCUUCUCAGUUGAUUCGGUUCUGUAACGUAUGCAAAUAAUCUUAACUGCAAGUUAAAAUCAAUAAAAGCUAAAUUCACAAUCACAUUUAAAUCAGAUCUGACUUUGAGUGGUUUUAACAGAUCUCUUAUACAACUGCCAGUGUGUGAAACUCAAAAGAUGGACAGAAUACAAGUGGAAACACGGGCAGGACAAUCACACCAGAACAAAAUCAGAGAUGACAGAAUAAAAGUGCGAUACAGUCAGGUUGAUAAAAAGCUAUUCUCUCCAUUUAUUUCAAUCCCAGACUAUACCUUUAUGUAAAUGCAGCUGCAAACGCACAUCACAAGAAAUAUACAUAUCCAAAUUAUCAAUCUCUGCUCUAUAGCUCCUCCUUCUCAAGACAGAUGACACUACAAUCUUAUUAAACUCAUUUAUUUAUCUACAUUCUUUUCAUACACCUUGUCCCCUACAUCGCGGCAGCUGGCGUAAACCCUUCUGUACAGGCUUCAGCCAGGAGGGACUUUAACCCUGAAAUACGCAUGCAGCCAUCUUUCCCUCUCAGUACACUUGUUUGCUGUUGUUUUAUUAAUCCUGAGAAAGUUAAUUAAAACCGGAAAUAAUCUUCAUCAUACAGAAAAUCAUUUUAAUUUGAAACAACGAAAAGAAAAAAAAAAGAAAAAAAAGAAAAAGAAAAACUACUGCGACGUCUGUACAAUUGCACACUGAAAAAAACAUGUGUAUCUUUAGAGGAAAAAAAGCGUACAUUUUUUAUGGUGUUUUGAUUUAAAACAAUCUAAUUAUAUUGGCAAAAAAACAACAAGUUUUCCUCCAACUCAGCAUCUCAGUGCUGUUUUUGAUUGGCAGCAAAACAACAACAACAACAAAAAAAA